AAGCCUUGCGAGCAAACUUUGUAGGACCAACAACAGCCUUUCACCAACUGUUACGUGUCAUGUCGAGCCUCGUAGACACCGCCCACGGCCUCUGAGUCCAAAUGACAUGAAUUCUCCUCGAUCCGCCGAAGCGUGACCAAACAUGCCCUUUCCGUUUGUGCUUUCCACCACCUCCCACAUCUCCUUUCAAGCCAGCCUUAUCUCAUCCACCCACCCGUCCCUCCCAUCCGCAACAACAUCUCAACGGGCGGCUCUCCGGGCGGCUUUGAAGGCUCACAAGAGACUGUCAGCAGCAGACCAAGCCACCAAUCUUUUGUCUCUAGCCUCCACGGCCCAAAGCUAUAUACGCUACCUCGUCACGCUCGACGUCGCUCUCUCUGGCAAACCUGUGGCUGGUGAGGUUGUUGACAUUGCACUUGCCAAAGAGCCCGAGAUCGAAUGGCGGCCAACCCUCGGCGCCAAUGCCAUCCCAGGCCGUGAGAACGAGAGGGCCAAGGGCAAGGGGCUUGACUACGAGCUUUUCUUUGUGCAUCAUACACUGGCGCUCAUUCAGAAUCUACUCGCUCGACAGUCUCUCCUCGGGCUCUACUCUUCGGUUAAUCCGACGUUAGAGCAACGGACAUCACUGAUCCAGGGUGCCUCUAAAUGCCUCCAGACGGCACACGCGAUCCAUUCCUAUCUUCUGCUGAGGGCAAACUCUUCUAGCGAUGGGCCUCCCUCAUUCCCGCCCAGUGCGGUGGAUGUGUCGGCAAGUGUGCAGUUGGCUCUGCAGCACUUGACCCAUGCCGAAUUUAAUUUGCUCUGUGUGUUGAAGGAAGACCCGUACCCCGCAAUCCUCGUUCAGUCACGGAACAAGGACGAUAAAGAGUGGAUGAUCAGAGCUCCACAGAUCGCCAAGGUUCGGGGCCAGGUAUUGACUCGGCUCUGCAUCGGAGCUGCAGAUCAUGCUUCUGCUGCUAUUGUAGCACUGAAGGUCGAGACCACAAAGGCAUCGAGAGAGCUCCUGGAAUACUGUGAUGGUAUCCACAGGGCAUCACGAGCCAAAGCUUGCAGAUUCCAGGCUCUAGAGGAGGAUACACAUGAAGGCCAAACAGGGAAAGCAAUCGCGUGGCUCAGAGCGGCCAUGAAUGAGCUGGGAGUUGAAAUGGGGAAGGAUGGUGCCAAGGCUUCGGGUCUGGGCAAACUGAAGGCGUCUUGGAUUGAACGAAGAGAAGACAAACGGAUCGAAAAAGGCAGCACCACGUGGGGGAUGGACGGCGGUAAGCUCGAGGAAGGUCGAAUCGUCGAAUACCUGGAUCAGAAGUUCAACAAACAAAACGAUACUAUCAACGUUCAGCUGAUCCCGGAGUGGAAACUGUUGCUGGCCCUAUUGCCCAGCGGGAUGAACAUGCCGGUAGCUGAGAAAUGGAAGCCGGCACCGUUGGAGGAAACAGAGUUGGCGGCAAUGAGGGCACCGCCAGACCACGACGAACUGGGCGCCACAAACAGCUCAGAUGAGAACGAAGAUAGCAUGGCGGUACCAGCAGGAGCUUUCCCUGGUACGCAACGCGAUUAUGGUAGUGGGACGAGUUAUUAUUGAAGCGGAUAGAUUCUCCAGACAGGGAAGGCUGGCACGAGACAGAACUGCACCAACGGCGUGAUCAGCAAAUGAUAGUUCUCUUUUCGACGUCUGGAGUAAUUACGCUGGCGAUAUGCUCUGCUGUCCACUGGACCAUGUGCAAUGGGCAGGAAACAUCAAGACCUGACGCAGGUUUGCAUGUUCAUAAUGUACC